AUGUCCCUAGAAUCAUCACGUACCGCAGACCCUUUCGGACCAACUCCCGCGCGCACGGCUAGAAUGGCAGAGCGGUAUGCUACGCUGCGGCGAUUUCCCUUUGGAGCUGGUCCACCAUCAAGAGCCGCUACUUUGGUGCCAGACGCCAGACCUGGAAGUCCCCGUGCUAUCAGUGCUGGUGCAGUCUGGUCCGUUGGCGGCACAAUCGUGACUGAAGGAGUCGCCAGUGUCACCGAUAGAAGAGGCGGCAGAGUAACAAGUGGUACCAGCGCUCCACAUUACACAGCCGGCUUUCUCCAUCGUCAAACACCAAGCGAGGAUGAGGUGCAGCACAGUGAGCGCUUGGCGGUCGCGAUGGAUAUAGAGCGGAACGCGCGGAUGUUCACAACGCCUCCUUCGCCCUCGGCUUCUAGCUUCUCAACACCUCGACGAUCUCAUAGCAGUAGUGGACGGAGCAGUACAUACUGGAGCAACAACUCGUGGCAGACGGACACCCCUCCGUCAUCGCCAAGAUCAUCCCGGCGCAAAAUCAAAGACGUCCCUGCGAUACCGUUUCGAGUCUUGGACGCGCCGCAGCUUCGGGAUGACUUCUACUGUUCGUUACUUGCGUACUCUCACACUAUGCAAUGUCUCGCUGUCGGGUUGGGUCAGCAUGUCUAUCUAUGGUCAGAAAAUCGCGGUACCACUCCUACGCACAUACCCGACUCUUUGACGGCACCCUUCGGCGCUCAUGUAACGUCUUUGUCCUUCAGCUCCGCAGCAGGCGCCAGUGCGAUUUUGGCCAUCGGCCGUGCUAAUGGCCAAAUCACACUCUGGAGCCCACUAGACUUCAAUCCUCGAUUCAGCAGUGACCAGCCCGCGCCGGUGUCGUGCGUGUGCCUCCGGCCGAAUCCAGUCAAACGCCCUUCCGUCCGUAAGCCGGGCGUGAUGGUGAACACUGAAGAAUUGCUUGUGGGCGAUGAGGCCGGCCACGUUUACUAUUACUCCAUCGAGUGGCCCACGCAGAGCGAAGUUGAUUUGUUCGACUGGCAAGGGAGCAUGAGCCUACUGGCGAGGCUCGAGUGUCACACACAGCAGAUCUGUAGUAUGGCAUGGAGCGGCGACGGCGAGUACUUUGCCACGGGUGGUAACGAUAAUCAGAUGUUUCUCUACGAAAGCAAGAGACUGCUCAGAACGCAAGGAUCAGGCACUGCAGUGGCUACUGUGACUGUUCGGAAUGGCACACCGGGAGGACCUACACCUCUUGUCCAGAAUGGCGUGCGUGCCAUCAUGCCUGGUCAGGAGAAGCACCUCUUCACCCUCAACGCUGCGGUCAAAGCUAUUGCGUUUGCGCCUUGGCAAUCCAGUCUGAUUGCUGCCGGUGGUGGGAGCAAUGACCGCUGCAUUCACUUCUUCCACGCAAUGUCUGGAGCCACCCUCGCCACGAUCGAUUGCUAUGCUCAGGUCACUUCUCUCGUCUGGAGUGAGAGGAAGCAAGAGAUUGCUGUAACGUUCGGUUUCGCACAACCAGAGCAUCCGUAUCGCGUGGCAGUCUUCGCAUGGCCGAGCUGUCGCAGAGUGGUUAGUAUCCCGUGGUGGGGAGAAGAACGUGCUCUGUCUGCGGUAGCAUAUCCUGGAGGUCCUCAUGGCGGGCCUGGGCAGCCGAGGCACGCGGGGGACAGAUCGAUACCGAUGUCUGGACAGGCGCGACGCACACGAGAGGAGGGGUGCCUUGUUGUUGCAACGAGUGAUGCGUCGAUCAAAUUCCAUGAAAUUUGGCCUGACAGGAGCGAGCAAGGGCGUGAUAAGGUUGAUCGUGCAGCGCUGGGCAGUGGUUCGAUACCAGAGGAUAAUCUUUCGCCUACACUAAUGCGCGGGGCGGCGAUAAGGUGA